AUGAUGGAGCAUCCAGUGGUACUCCGACACCAGCCAAGAAUCAUCAGUUAUCAUCAGUCACUGGAGCAGUUGACAGCCAUGCACUUGGUCCUGCCACCCCUGUCACUCCUGCUGCUCCUGUCGCUCCUGCCACUGCAGUCCCAGAUGCGAACCGUGUCCCUGCUCACAGAGGCGGAUCGGAUGAAGGGUAGAGUCGAGAAAAUGGCCAAACAACUCGUGCGCAAGAUCAAUGACACCAUCAGUAUCCCGCCCCCCUUGGCCACCAGCUCACCAUCGGGGGAGCACUAUGUGUGCUGUGUAGUCCAGUACCUGAACAUCUCCUCUGGGCUCAUCUCGAACAACUUUUAUCACGCUCUGGACCUUAAGGAGGAGAUGGCCAGUCUGAGUGGCUUUGUGGAUCAGGCCAAACAGUGCCACUGCAGCAGUAGGUCCAUGAAGGAGGUGCCCAGGGAGCUACGGAAGCUUCAGGAACGCAAGCACUUCUUCCACAGUAUCACUCUGAGUGCUUUCCAUCUGGUUAAGGAGUACCUGAAAAAGCUGCAGACGAAUUUGGGCCAACUAGAUAAGUGCACAGAAUAG